AUGGUCGCCAAAGAUCAAAUAUCCGAUUACACACACUUCUUACAACUGCCGUUAAAAAUCGUCGGCUGUUGGGAUUGGUUUCCGAACACCGACAACGAAAUAAAAAUAAUACUAAACAAUAUCUACGUUGCUUUAGUUCUUUUUGUGCUUUUAAACUUCCCAAUUACACUAAUCGUGAAUUUGUACACAGAAUGGGUGGAUAUCAUGGGCAGUUUGGACAAACUGGCCGAUGGUUUACCUUUGAUCGUAUCAUUAGCCGUCGUCAUAUACUUUGCGAUUUAUAAAGAAGAGCUAUAUGAGUUGGUGGAGUUUAUGAAUGAGAAUUUCAAGUUUCAUUCGGCGAGGGGCUUGACUAACAUGACGAUGGAGGGUAGUUAUACAUCGGCGAAGAAGUUUGCGUAUGUGUAUACGGCGUGCACUUUGUUUAGUGUGACUAUGUACGUCGCUUUGCCUAUGGGUUUUCACUUGUGGACGCACCAGCCUCUUCAAAACUGGGCUUAUAUGGACGCCGAGCGGAGCCCUUAUGUGCUAUUGGCGUUUCUCCGACAAUCCCUUGCGCAGGCGUUUGUCGGGCUCGCCGUUGGUCAGCUAGGUGUAUUCUUCGCGACAAACUCCAUCCUUCUCUGUGGUCAACUAGACUUGCUCUGCUGCAGCAUACGAAACGCUCGCUACACCGGCCUGCUGCAGACUGGCGUUCCACACAAGGCUCUGUUACGGCAAAAUGGCGGGGCCUAUACUGGAAUAGUGGAUGAUGAGAGACAUAAUUACAUCUACAGCAAGAGUCGCUUGGGAGAUUCGGCGUAUAAUUACGAUAAGAAAAUAACAUCCUAUUUUUCGGAUCGGCGUAACGAUUUUGAUAUUUACGACGCCGAGUUCGACGCAGCGACAGCGGACGCGCUGCGUGAAUGCGCUCGCGUCUGCCAAGUGGCUGCCACGUAUAAGGACAAGUUCGAAACUUUCAUUUCUCCUUUACUGGCUCUAAGGGUGGUUCAAGUUACGCUGUAUUUGUGUACUCUUCUGUAUGCGGCUAGUGUGAAAUUGGAACCAACCACUGUGGAAUAUUUGGCCGCUGUUGCUUUGGAUAUUUUUGUUUAUUGCUACUUUGGCAAUCAAAUCAUCUUGCAGGCAAGUCGCGUGUCUAUAGCCGCUUACCAAAGCACGUGGCACGCUAUGGGCGUGCGCUCUCGACGACUUUUACUCAACAUCCUACUCACCAAUAAGAGGCCUGUGACCGUGCGAGCUGGCCGGUUCCUGCCUAUGGAUCUGCAUACUUUUGUUAUUAUAAUCAAAACAUCUUUCUCCUACUACACACUACUGGACAAAAUCAACAACCACUAGGUCUAAGCUAAAGUCUGUCCAGGAAUAUAAUGACUAUUGUGAAAACGGCGCUGUUAUUCUGAUGUAUGCGGUAACAGCAAAGUUUAGUAUAUGAAGAAAAUAGUUCUAGUGAAAUUCCACAAAAUGGUGCGUAGUCACAAAUUUCCUUAAACAAAGGAUGCUAUAGACUAGACAGCCAAAUAAUAAUACCACUACCGAACGAGAUGGUCACAUACAAAUUAUAAUAAGAAUGACAGAGAGCAAAAUCUUAUUUUUUGUCUUUGUCAUAGUUUCAC